CCGAAGAUGGCUUCUCUUGGCCAGUACAUGGGUUUUGCACUGCUACUUAUUUUGCAUAAUCAAAGUGCGGCACGUGGGCAUGGAAAAAGAGUAAAAAUAAACGGGGAAGAUUCCAACUUCAAAGAAUCCAAAUUGMAAGAAUCCAGCUUGAAAGUAAAUGAAAGAACAAAUGCUAUAGCGAACGRGGUACCAGGAGGAAGCGACACGGACAAGGGUCACGGAAAAGRGUCUACUUUACUUUCCGGAUCUACUUGGUCUAAGGCAUCUAAUGGAGUUGCUGGAUCUACUGGAUUAAAACCUGGAUCUACGCCUGGAUUUGGUGAGCUUUCAAAACUUGUCGGUACUUCAGGAAAGGUGCUGGACGAUGAUAUUUCACAAAUUUAUGAAAAGAUCGUGCAUCCCAAGUUUCCAAAACAAUAUCCCUGUUCAUCGCCAGCAUCAAACAAGUGCAAGAAAUGUACGUCUACAGCGGCCUGUCCAUGUCCUGCUCCAGCGCCUACCCCGUGUACUGUUUCAUCGUCCAGCCCGUGUCCUGCUCCAGCGCCUUCCCCGUGUCCCUCUACGGAGCCCUGUCCAUGUCCUUCACCUUGUCCUCCACCCUGUCUUCCACCCUGUCCUCCACCCUGUCCUCCACCCUGUCCGCCACCACCGUGUCUUCCUCCUCCUGAUCCUCCAACAACAGUUCCUACGACAAAACCUACAACUGAUCCUACGACAGCUGGAACUACUCCUACUCCUACAAAACCUACACCAGAUCCUACACCUCCACCUGUCGAGUCACCCUAUCCAUGUCCAUGCCCUUGUCCUUGCCCAUGUCCUUGUCCUUGUCCAGCACCAUGUCCUUGUCCUGCACCAUGUCCCUCGCCAACUCCAUCUCCUAGUCCAGCACCUUGYCCGGUACCUUCUMCAUGUUCUCCAUGUUGUACUCCAUGUCCAACCCCAUCUCCCUCACCCUCGCCUUCUCCUUCAAAUCCUUCCCCGUCGCCAUGUCCGUCUCCUUCACCAUCUCCAUCAUCUUCAAACCCUUUUCCAAAACCUUGCAAUUGUCUGUCUCCUUCAACUUCCCGGUCUCCUUGUCCUUSUCCAUCCCCAUCUCCAACACCUAAUCCUUCUCCAGCACUAAAUCCAUGUCCUUGUCCAUGUCCUGCACCAUCUCCGCMCCCUAAUCCUUCCCCCUAUCCAUCUCCGUCUCCUAAUCCAUCUCCGACACCUUAUCCAUGUCCUUGUCCGUGUCCUUCACCAUUACCAUCACCAUCUCCGUCCCCCAAUCCUUCUCCCUAUCCAUCUCCGUCUCCUAAUCCAUCUCCAACACAUUAUCCAUGCCCAUGCCCAUGUCCUUCACCAUCUCCUUCCUAUUCUCCAACUCAUCGUCCAUCCUAUUCUCCAUUUCUUCCUGCAAGGCUAGCUUCAUCUCGUAAUCGAGAUCCUUCCCAGUCUCCAUACAUAUAUCUGGAUGGCACUCCGAAAGAGUAUCACUGGAAAACAAUMUUGAAUUGAACUUGAGCAUGGUGUGGGAUGAAUAAGUUACCAUGAUCUGUCUCCAGGGUCGUGCACCAACUCAGUAUCUAUUGCAAAGCUAUAGCUGUUAGGAUGACUCUAAAUAAAACCAAAUCUAAUUAAACAUUAUGUAAAUUAG